AUGAAGCCAGCAGAGAUCAGAUUCUCUCUACAGAGACCUCUGCAACACAGAGAUCCAGACAUGGCACCUACAACCACUGCAGCAAUGACCAACUCUCAGGAACAUCUCACUCUGACACACAAGCUCAGAAAACCUCUGGUGGAGAAGUUACGCAGAGAGCGAAUCAACAGCAGCAUUGAGCAGCUCAAGUCUCUCCUGGGUCCAGAGUUCCUCAAACAGCAGCCAGACUCCAAGCUGGAGAAAGCAGACAUCCUGGAGAUGACAGUCUGUCUCCUGACACAGAUGCAGCAGCAGCAUCAACAACCGAGAAGACCGAUGGAUCACUUCAACAAGCUGCAGUCUUCCUCUGAGAAGAAGAACCUGAGAGAGGCUGACUUCUCUCCUCUGAGCUCCACAGUCCAGACCAGCAUCACCAAAGACAAGAGUCCAGUCAACAGCUCCCUUUGGAGGCCGUGGUAGACACCUACAGCCUGGAGUUACAACCAAUCCAAAUGUAAAUGACCACAUUGGUCAAAGAUUACUGGACUGAAGUCUCUGAAAUAUUAUGGACUUGUUCUUCUGUUUGUACAGAAGGUUUAUAUUAGUGUUUCUUUGUGAAAUGUGACAUUUCCUGAGGAAAUGACUGAAACAAUAUCUUUCAUGUUAAGAAAGAAAACAUCUUGUCAUGCAUGUUGCAUGAACCAAAUCUGAUUGCAUCAGCAAUUAUCAUUUCUGACUGUACUUCAAGUACUGGUUAAACUAAGAUAACAUUUGUUAUCUAUUGGCUCUUAUUGGUCAUUGUGAUCAAAAUUGUUAGUGUUCUUUUUAUGGGCUAAUUGUGUUUUUAAACUCUCUGAAUCAUCAAACUGAUCUGUUAUAAGAUCCAAAUGUUUAUCUUUUUAUUCUUAAAGGUUUUCUAGAUGUCAGAGUUCAUACUUUUACCUUCACUGUGGGUCAAACAUAGUGGUAAUGUAAUAAUAGAUCAUUUUGAUAUAAUAUCUUAAUUGUCCUUUAUAUGGACAUGUUGUUAAUGUUACAUCACUUACAGUGAUUACAAAAAAAGAUCAGUUUUAAGAUCGAGAUUUUCAUCCUUUACUGCAAAGGUUUUCUUUAAUGUCACAACUUUGUUGUGAAGUUUGAUUUAGUUUGACUCUAUUGACUUUACUGGUCAUUAGGAAUGAUGUGAUCUGUUUUAAGGUCAGUCUUAACUGUGUUUUAUUUCAUUUGGUUAUUAUGGGUACAGUGUGUACUGUGUCCUCAAAUACUGUUAAUUGUUUGUCUUUUCUGAAGACAGUUGUUCCUUUACUCUCUCUGAGUACAGUGUGUCUUGUAGAAAUCUACAAGUUGUUGUUGUGAUGAAUCAUCACCUCUUGUUGGAGCUUUCAAACUUGAUGUGGCUCCAUGUGCCUUGAUGAAUAAACAAACUGCCUAUUGAA